AUGGGCAAGGACCGUGUCGAAAAGAAGGAGAAGAAGGAAAAGAAGGAGAAGCGUGCCGACAAGGACGGUGUCGCUAAGGUGAAGAAGGAGAAGAAGGAAAAGAAGGAUAAGACCGUUCUCGCCGAUGCGGUAGAGAAGGAGCUCUCCUCUCAGGAGAUGGAGGGUGUUGAGCAGGUUGCUACUCCCACCGAGGAGGUUGAGGGUGACGAGAUGGCCAUUGACCGUCCCACUGGCGCUCAUGUGCCUUUCGCCAACCCUAUGGUUGAGGACAAGAACGCCAAGAAGGUGCUCAAGAGCGUUAAGAAGGCUGCUGUCAACAAGUCCCUCAAGCGCGGUGUUAAGGAAGUCGUCAAGGCCCUCCGCAAAUCCCCCAUUCCCGCCGCCAACGCCAAGGUCGAGAUCCCAAGCGGUGUCGUUAUUCUCGCUGCUGACAUCUCCCCCAUGGAUGUUAUCUCCCACAUUCCCGUCCUGUGCGAGGACCACGGUAUCCCCUACGUCUUCGUCACUUCCCGCGCCGAGCUCGGUGCCUCCGCCGCCACCAAGCGCCCUACCAGUGUGGUCAUGGUGACUCCCAAGUCCGCCAAGAAGAGCAAGAAGGACCUCGAGGCCGACACCGACGGUGAGGACUUCGGCAAGGUAUUUGAGGAGCUCGCCAAGCUGGCCGAGAAGGAGCUCAAGAAGGUCUCCGUUUAA